UAACCUCUGCAUGCCUCAAUAUUCACUCACUCCCCUUUUCUCUCUUUCUCUCUCUUCUCAUCUUGUCCUCCUUCCUCUUCCUCUCUCCUUCUAACUUCAGGCCUCCGUACCCGAACCGGAGACCCGGAGAAAGAGCUCCACUCUUUCAACCCCCCCAUUCAUUUUUCCACUGCAUUUUUUCUAUCUGGGAACAAGGUUCCAGAAGAAAUGUACUCGGCUAUUCGGUCGUUACCAUUAGAUGGAAGGGUGGGAGAUUAUCAAGGCUCGCUUGAUGGUACAAACUUGCCUGGUGAUGCUUGUUUGGUCUUAACAACCGAUCCUAAGCCCCGACUCCGAUGGACCGCCGAGCUCCAUGAACGUUUCGUCGAUGCUGUUACUCAACUUGGCGGCCCUGAUAAAGCAACCCCGAAGACUAUUAUGAGAACAAUGGGAGUAAAAGGCCUUACCCUCUAUCACUUGAAAUCACAUCUUCAGAAAUACCGGCUGGGGAAGCAAUCGUGCAAGGAAUCAACUGAUAACUCUAAGGAUGCAUCUUGUGUUGCAGAAAGUCAGGACACUGGUUCAUCUACAACAUCGUCGUCAAGAAUGAUAGCGCAAGAUCUGAACGAUGGUUACCAGGUAACUGAAGCUCUACGAGCACAAAUGGAAGUGCAACGAAGACUGCAUGAACAGUUGGAGGUACAACAUCGCCUUCAGCUUCGGAUUGAAGCACAAAGCAAAUACCUACAGUCAAUGCUCGAGAAAGCCUGCAAAGCUCUGACCGAUCAAGAUGAAGCUGCUUCCACAGGUCUGGAAGCUGCAAGAGAAGAGCUAUCGGAACUGGCUAUUAAGGUUUCCAAUGAUUGUCAAGGGAUGAUCCCUCCUCAUGAUAACAUAAAACUGCCUUCCUUGUCUGAACUUGCAGUAGUUUUAGAGAACAACAGAACUUCCAAUAUGCCGGGUCGGAUUGGUCAUUGCUCGGUCGAAAGCUGUUUGACUUCGAGUGGAAGCCCGGUGGGUUCACAGGCUGGUAUCAUGAAGAAGAGGCCAAGACCCGUGUUUGGAAAUGGAGAGCCUCUGCCUUUGGAUGGCAAUAUAAGGCAAGAAAUAGAAUGGGGGAUGCCUAAUAUUAGUUGAGUUGCAGGACAUUUCCUUCUUAGAAAUGGUACCUUCUCUCUUUUAUUAUUAUUAUUUUCCAUUUUCUUUUCUCUUUCUGUUUUAAUCCUUGUUUAGUUAAUCUAAAUGCUUUUUUCCCCCUUGUAUCAACUAUGUAUAUUAUUAAAGCAGAUCUCUUUUAGAAUGCGGAAUUUAGCUUAA